CCAAACUUUCAGCAAUCACAUCUUGCCUCACAACCCUAACUUCUGUACCAUCUUCUCAACCACAUUCAAGUGUUUGCGAGCACCUCAUCAACUCUCGAACAUCUGGGUAGGAAACUCCACUUUAGAAUCGUUCCUUAAUCUCGAUUUCGCACCUAUCUCAGAUGAAAAAGGAAUUUCUCAGAACCCUUGAGCAUACAGUGCCAGAUAAAAUCUGCCCCACUUAUUGAAGAGAUGGAAGGCAAGGAAGCAUACAGGGAGGUAUCGUCUAAUUUGGAUUCUCAGGACUCAAAGUAUAUUGAUGAGUCACGAGAGCAAUCGCCACAAGCUUUCGAUGAUCUAAAGAGGCCAGAGCCUGAUCCUUAUCCACUCCUUUCAACUCUACCUGAAUCCGUUGCUUCGUUUUUCAGCACUGUGAGUUCAGACGGGUUCCCACCAGACCUACCAAAAGCACAGCCUUGGAGGCAGAUAUUGGCCGCACCACUUCCACCACAGCAGGAUGGCAAACUCAUAAUUGCUUGCCCAAAGAAGUGUCUCUACGGGAGUAAUAAUGGAUGAGUGGAAACUCUCAAGACUGUGAAUAGAACAUGGUAUAUUUGGUUGCUUGGGGAUGUUUGUUCAGAGAUGAAAUACAUGAAUGAUAUCGAGAGAAUACAUGAAGAUAAGGUGGAUUCAGAGCACAGGUAUCGACUUUGCUGUGGCCCUUCUGGUCUUUGAAGGAAUCCAUGGUCUAGGGACUCGUUUCAAAGCUUAAAUGCUGUUUGCUUCGCACCUACAAUUCACAAUCAAAAAUGAC